CGACCCGGCGUCGCGUGGAGGGGUUCUGGGAGAGGGGAGGGUGGCGGCAAGCCAUCAGGGGAGGGGAGGGCGUGACGGGAUCGCUCGCCAGGGAGGAAGCCGCGCCGUGCCGGCACCCGGGGGAGCCGCUCCUGUGUUGCCCUCGUCGUCCUACGGCGCGCCUCGCGUCCGCCGAGUCGCUCUGUCGUCGUCACAGCACCGCCCCCUCGCGCGCCCGCUGUGCUUCCGCGCCGUGCGAUGGCGACCGAGUCUGCGAGUGCUGGUUAUCUGAAAAGAGCAAAAACAGAGAAAUUACGUGAAAUUUUUGAAAAGUAUGCUUCAAAGGAGGUAAAUGGAGAGAAAUUUAUGAAUGCAUCAGAUUUUGUUCAGCGUUAUUUGGGUCUUUUCACGGAUAGUGAUUUCAAUCCUGAUUCCGUGAAGUUAUUAGCGGGAAUCGUUGACACCAGCAAAGAUGGACUCAUCUCAUUUCCCGAGUUCCAAGCAUUCGAAGGAUUGCUGUGUGUGCCUGAUGCACUUUAUAAAACAGCCUUCCAGCUUUUCGACACUAACGGAAAUGGAAUGGUUGCUUUUGAUGAAUUUGUCGAGGUGAUGAGGAAAACAGCCCUCCUGCAGAAGAUCCCCUUCAACAUGGACAGUGGCUUUGUGCAGCUGUACUUUGGCCGCGACAAGAAGAGACUCAUAAACUACAGUGAGUUCAGCCAAUUCCUGCAUGACUUUCAUGAAGUAUACACGAUGGAAGCCUUCAAAAAGUACGACAAAAGUGGGACAGGCUUCAUCUCUGCUCUUGAUUUUCAAGACAUAAUGAUAAGCAUUAAAAGUCAUUUGUUGACGAAAGAAGUACGAGAAAAUCUAGUUGCAGCGGCGGGCGGAGGGCUAGGGGGCAGACGGGUCAGUUUCCCGUUCUUCAUGGCAUUCAACUCUCUCCUCAAUAACAUGGAGCUCAUCAAGAGGAUAUAUUUGAAUGCUACCAAUGGGAUCAGAAACCAAGAGGUCACGAAAGAGGAAUUUUUACACUCGGCACAAAUGAUGUCUCAAAUCACUCCGCUCGAAGUCGAUAUUCUCUUCCUCCUGUGUGAUCUGCUACAUCAAACAGGGCGAAUAGUAUACAAUGAUCUUCAGUCGAUAGCACCGGAACAAUACUUCAAACAAAUCACGAAACGACUAACGGAAAUCAAAGCAGUUUCUAGUCCCGAAGAAAGGGGGGUCCUAAUACAGGUUCUGGAAAGCGCCUACAGGUUCGCUUUAGGUUCAAUCGGUGGUGCGGUGGGAGCGACAGCCGUGUACCCCAUCGACCUGGUCAAGACGCGCAUGCAGAACCAGCGGACCGGCUCCUACAUGGAUGAGCUGAUGUACCGGAACAGCUUCGACUGCUGCAAGAAAGUGAUUCGCCACGAGGGCUUCUUCGGUUUGUACCGGGGGCUCGUCCCGCAGCUGAUGGGGGUUGCGCCGGAGAAGGCCAUAAAGCUCACGGUAAAUGAUCUGGUCAGAGAUAAGUUCAUGGACAAGAAUGGGAAUAUUCAGCUUUACGGGGAAUUCAUUGCCGGAGGUUGUGCAGGUGGAUCGCAGGUGAUAUUUACAAAUCCCUUGGAAAUUGUAAAAAUUCGUCUUCAAGUAGCAGGUGAAAUUGCAGGUGCUGCUAAAGUCAGUGCGCUGCAAGUGGUCAAAGAACUGGGUCUCUUUGGAAUGUACAAGGGUGCGAAAGCCUGCUUCUUGAGAGACAUCCCCUUCAGCGCAAUCUACUUCCCAGCCUAUGCCCACCUGAAGACUAAGUUCGCAGAUGAAAAUGGGUACAACCAUCCCUUGUCGCUGCUGGCCGCGGGAGCCGUAGCCGGCAUGCCAGCAGCUUCUUUGGUCACCCCUGCCGACGUAAUCAAAACGAGGCUACAGGUUGUGGCACGAGCGGGCCAAACAACGUACACGGGAGUUGUUGAUGCGGCUCGCAAGAUCUAUCGGGAAGAAGGGUUCAGAGCAUUCUGGAAAGGAGCUACAGCUCGAGUGUUCAGAUCAUCUCCACAGUUCGGUGUGACUCUCGUGACAUACGAAAUUCUUCAAAGAUUAUUCUUCGUUGAUUUCGGAGGCUCUCGGCCGGCGGGAUCGGAACUGCACAUGCCGGCAACGGGCGUGGCGGACGAGAUGAAGUCCACGAACCCCGACCACAUCGGCGGGUACCAGGUGGCGCUGCCCAUAUUCAGUGGGAUCGAGACAAAGUUUGGUCUGUGCCUGCCCAAGUACCAGGUGGCCAAGUCCUAGGUUCCCCCACGGGGGCGGCGGUCGUAGUGAUCCUACUCUGAGUGCAGGAGAGGGGCGAGGGGCGUGCGAGACCCACGGCCCGAGCAAGGCACACGUGUAGGCACGGCCAGGCUUCCGCUGACGUUGCCCGCGAUGGAACGCUUAAUGUAUCCUGCUGUAAUCUUCGCUCAGACGUUUGUCCGUUGUAUCGACGUCUUGUGAAAAGUUUAAAUCACUCUCAAAUAAAGAAACAAAUAAAACAUUAUGUUAUCAGCUGCGUGAAUUUAAAGUUGUAUAAAAAGCCAUUUUGGUACUUUGAGAAAAUUGCACUAUUUUCACACUUACUUUCUUAAAUAAGUAGAAAUUAUUUUCUUUCAAGCAUGUGUGUAUUUUGAAAUUAUUUUCAAUAUAUGUGCAGUAAAAUUCCCAUUAGAUCACCACACUAAAGAAAAUUUCCUGCAUAAUAACUUUAAAACAGUUUGCACUGGACCUAUAAAUAACCAUUUUGUAAAAAUUUUCUGUUAAUAAAUCUAUAUUUCUAAGUACUUUUUUUUUUUAAAGAGGAACUUUAUGAAAGUAAAAUGGAUUUGAUUCUCAGAAUAAUUUAGUGAUAAAACUAUCUUAUUCAUAUGUAAAGGUGAUUGCAACUUUCAACUAGGCAAAUAAAAGUUAUUAUUUUAUUUUGAAUCAAAUUCAAAUUUCAUCAUCAAAAUAUUCUAGAAUAAAAUUAUUGGAUUCAAAUAUUAAAUGUAUAGACAAUUUUUUUUCCACACAGUCGUAAAGACAUAUGUAAACAAAUACUUUUACGUGGUAUUCAGUGUUAAACGAUUAUAAAAAAGUAAAAUUUUGACAACUGUAAAUAAGUUUGCUGUUGAAAACUGCUUGUUCAUUUGCAGUGUUUUCAACUUUUUAAAAAAAAAUUCUGGAUUACAGACUGUUCUUCAGCCAACUAUAGUUCACUGUUUCCAUGUUGAUAUGAAUUCUGCGUAGUUAUAUCGGACCUAUUAAUGUAUUGAAAAUGGAAUGUACACUGCAAUUAUAUAUUGUACAACAAUCACUCCCAACCUCAAUUUGUUCAUUGCCUGAAGUUAUAUGUACAUCUUCAGUACACUGAGAAUACAAACAUUUGUUAUUUUGAAGUUUAUAUAUUUGAAAUCAAAAUAAAUAAUAAAUUUUUCAUUUUGGUAUUUUAAAUUUUGAAAUUUAGCACAGGUCUACCAUGAACUCCUUCUUGACUUCCAGAAAAGCUCAAGACAUCACAUUUUUCUUUUUAUCGAAAGAUUAACAUUUUCAAAUUUGGACACUGGCUACAUUGAGCGAGUAACAUUGUUAUGUGCCUUGUAUCGUGAGCUAAGGGUUGUGAUGGCAGUUUGCAUUUAAGAGUACAGGGACCUAGUAUACAGAGUGAUCUUAGAAACUGCCUAUUUGUACAUAAAAGACUUUCUAGGCAAUGCCAUGUCAAUAGUUAGUCCCUUCAUCUGAAUAUUAUUAUGUCGGUAUUCUGCCAAAAGUGACCAAAUAAAAAAGUAACAAAAAUGAGAUUAAAUUACUUUCUGCUUAAUAAAGGGCAGAAGUAUAACUCGAAAAAAUGCCCAACUCGGUAACUGUCAGUACAUAAGGAACUAAAAUGUUGCUAUUCUGACUAACUCCCAAUAAUUAAAACAUUGUUUAUAAAAAUUGAUAAAUUAACUAUUUAAUUUGACUACAUUUUGACUUGGUCACUUUCGGCAGUGUAAUGGCGAGAUAUGUCAAAGACAUAAUUUAAAAAAAAAACUUGAUAAUUAUUAAUGACAAUUUGUAAAUUAUUCAUCAUUCUUCGCACUUUUAAUUGUUUGUCUGUGCAACAUGGUUCUUAGUUACCUAGCAUUGCUUGUACUCUACUGCCAUCAAAUUGUGGUGCUAGAUAUUUGUGAUAGAAAUAGGAUACAUAUUUAUUUUUGAUGUUGGUUUGUAUGAAAGUGAGUUUUAACAAUUGUGGUGGUAAGACAGUUUUAGAAAUAUUGGGUUGUUUUCAAAUCAUGUAUGUUAAUGCAAAACAAAGGCUACCUUGAGUUCUAAAUUUCUUUAAAAAUUAAAUGUUUUAUUUUUGAGAAAAGCUUGCAUUUACAGGUUCUUUCUCUCCUCCUCCUCCCCCCCUCCCCCC